AUGGAGGCGAGAGACGCUUCAGCAGGUGCUUAUGUUGGCACUGAGAGUGUCAAACAAUCUGCCAAGAAGGAUGCAGCUCCAAAAGCAGAGAAAACUCAGACUAAAAGCAGGAUGGAGGAGUUAUUUGGGUUCAAAAGGGAGGACCUGAGCUCCUGGCAGAACCUGGUGGCCCUCCUGAACCGACCCACUGAUCCUGCAUCGCUGGGCAUCUUCCGCUGCUUGUUUGGUCUGCUAAUGGCAAUAGAUAUCACACAGGAGCGAGGCCUCAGCCACCUGGACUACAAAUACCUGGAUGGGGCCCCUGUGUGCCGCUUUCCUCUCUUCAAUUUCUUAGAGCCCCUUCCGCUUGAUUGGAUGUACCUGGUGUAUUUGGUGAUGUUCCUCGGUGCACUGGGCAUCAUGCUGGGUUGUUUCUACCGCCUCUCAUGUCUCAUGUUCAUCUCGACGUACUGGUACAUCUUUUUCCUGGAUAAAACGGCGUGGAACAACCACUCGUACCUUUACGGUCUCAUCGGGUUUCAGCUCACGCUCAUGGACGCCAACAGAUACUGGUCGGUGGACGGAUUACGCAAACCUUCCAUAAGAAACGCUCAUGUUCCUCUCUGGAAUUACACCAUGCUGAGGACGCAGAUCUUUAUCGUAUAUUUCAUUGCUGGGAUUAAAAAACUGGACGCAGACUGGGUGGAGGGAUAUUCCAUGUCAUAUCUGGCACACCACUGGCUCUUUGAUCCUUUCAAAGUGAUUCUUCCUGUGGAGUGGGUGAGUCUGCUGGUGGUGCACGGAGGUGGUCUUGUCCUCGAUCUAACCGCUGGAUAUUUGCUGUUUUUUGACGCCACACGACCAUUUGCAGUUUUUUUCGUGUCCUACUUCCACUGCAUGAACUCUCAGCUGUUCAGUAUCGGAAUGUUUUCCUACACGAUGUUGGCAACCAGUCCUCUCUUCUGCUACCCCGACUGGCCCAGGAGGUUCUUCGCCCGCUUCCCAUCUUUCCUCAGCGAAAUGCUGCCGCUCACCUCGGCGGAGAUUCAGCCCAGUGCCUCCUGCUUUUACCCUCAAACCAGCAGCACCAGCGACCGGCGGGAGACACAAAAUCCUGCAAAACCUUCCAAACUGAGAUUGAAGCACAAGCUGGGAGCACUUUUUACCAUUCUUUACAUAGCCGAGCAGUUUUUCAUGCCUUAUUCACAUUUCAUCACCAAGGGUUACAAUAACUGGACCAACGGUUUGUAUGGCUACUCCUGGGACAUGAUGGUCCACUCCCGCAGCCAUCAGCAUGUGAAGAUUACCUAUAAAGAUGGGAAAACGGGGGAAAUUGGAUACCUGAACCCAGGGGUUUUCACUCAGAGCCGUCGCUGGAAAGAUCACGGAGACAUGCUGAAGCAGUAUGCUACCUGUCUCAGCGGACUGCUGCCAAACUACAACAUCUCUGAUCCUGAAAUCUACUUCGAUAUCUGGGUUUCCAUCAAUGAACGCUUCCAGCAACGGAUAUUUGAUCCUCGCGUUGACAUUGUAAAAGCAGAAUGGUCGCCUUUUAAACCAAACCCAUGGCUGAUGCCCCUGCUGGUGGACCUCUCACCUUGGAGGACUAAGUUCCAGGAGAUAGAGGGCAGUUUGGACAAUCAGACUGAGAUUGUCUUCAUUGCUGAUUUCCCAGGUCUCCACUUGGAGAACUUUGUGAGUGAAGACCUGGGGAACACCAGCAUCCAUGUGCUGCAGGGGCAGGUGAAUGUGGAGAUAGUGGAAGAAAAGAAGAACCACACUCUGCAGCCAGGAGAACAGAUACAGGUUCCUGCUGGGGCUUAUCAUAAAGUUUACACCGUGUCUGAGAGCCCGUCUUGCUACAUGUAUGUCUACGUCAACACCACAGAAGCAGCACUGCUGCAGAACUUCACCAAACUGGAGGAGAUCCAGGAGCGCAUACGCAAUGGAACAGAAACGGAGCCUCUUCCUCCUGAGCUGCUGUCUCUUAAGGCUGCAGAUGAUGACCAAGAGGCGGAGGUCAACGCCACGGACCCCGUGGUGCAGCUGUUCCUGAAGAGGCAGCGUCGGAUGAAGGAAGUUAAGAAACGCAGGGAAGCGGGUGUGCUGGAGCGACUGAAUCGCUUUGCUGUUAAAAAGUACUACGCCAUACGCAGGGGAUUCCUGAUGACAUCCAUUGCGAUGAGAAACCUGAUGUUUGGUCUCCCUCCUGUGGAGCAGCUGAGGAGAGAAGUUGCCUUUGCCAACAUGAAGGAACCGGAAGCAGAGGCCAACACAGAUGAGACGCUCAAACAGGAAAUUGGUCAUGCAGAACUUUGAGGAGUUAAAAAUGAUAAAUGAAGUCCAGGUGCUCAAUCAGACAUUCCUACAGAUGUUACUGCUAGACUGUUACUCAACGGGGUCCUCGCUGCCCAGGCUAUGGAAGUACUCCAACAUCACUGAUUUUCAACUGAAUUUUUUUGCUCUUGUAUUUGGGUUUCAUAAAGAAAACACGAUGCAGAAAAACCUAAA